UGCAUUUUGAUUUAUUUUUGUUCUAUUUCUGAGUUUAAAAUGAUGUUAACUAUAUCAGAAGAAGAAAAGAAAAAUAUUUUUAAAUGCCUUAACGAAUUAAACAUUUGUAAUAGAUGUAUUUUAAGAUAUUUGGGAUACAACAUUUGUGAACAUGGCAUAGAUACAUUUUUGAAUUCCGGUUGUAUCAUAAAUGAGUUAUUUCAUAUUGAUGAAGAAAGUUGCAAUGAGAAUAAAAAAUUGAAAAAGAAUCCGUGCAGAUCCUGUUUGAAUGUACUGGAUGAUACAGUUAUAGAAAAUUAUGCAUCAGUUAUUACAGACGAAUUCGAAAAGUAUGACAUACAAAAUUUCUAUACAACUCUUAAUUUUCCAGUUUCUAUAUCGAUAAGAGAAUUUGGAAUGUUUCUAUAUUUGAAAGAGAAAUUUCCUGAUAUAUACAAACAAUUUAUUCAUAUUGAAAAAAUAAAAAGAGUUUUUAGAACAAUUACAAGCAAUACAUUUUCAUUGAAACUUAAGAGGCCAUUUAAAGAAGACUCCAACUUACAGUUGAACAUUAACAUCGUUUACCAAGAUGAAGAAAAAGAAAUGGAAAACUUAGUUAAGGUAAUAACUGCUAAAAAAAUAAGUAAGAAGACAAUCGAUGAUUUUUUAAAUUUGUGUUCAGAUGAAGUUUUUAAAAAGCAUUUUCCGAUACCACCUGCUAUCCAAGACAAGGAAACAUCUGCCACUGUUAACUUCAGUUCUUCUAUUGCUUUUUUGGGAGGUAGAUAUUUAAAAUUCUCUAGAGAGAUGGGACAGACACCUUUCAUCGUAAACAAUACACCCAUAACUGAACAUUCAGUGCAAGAAGUGAUAUUUGACAGUAUUGCUAAAGUGUUAAAAUGCGAUAAACAAAAACUAACAUUUUCUGCAAGUGGCAGGGAAGAUUCUGAUACUAGAAUGUUGGGUGAAGGAAGACCUUUUUACAUCCAAAUAGAUGAUCCAUUAUUUGAGAAAAUAACCCCCCAACAGUGCCAAGACAUAGAACAGAUUAUAUCCCAAUCGAAUACAGUGGUAGUUAUAAAAUUACAGCAAGUGUCUCAAGAGUCUACUAAAAAAAUUAAGUUUGGGGAACAAGAAAAGAGAAAACAUUAUAGAGCUCUCUGUAAGAGUUUAGCUCCAAAUGUCGAAAAUGCUAUUUCUACUGUUAAUUUAAUGAUAUGCCCUUUAGCUAUACAACAAGCCACACCCAUCAGAGUGUUGCACAGGAGAACACACCUCAUUAGAGAAAGACUCAUUUCUGAAAUAAAAGCCACACCUGUUGAAGGUUAUUCAAACUUGUUUUACUUGGAUGUAAUAACUGAAGCUGGUACAUAUGUUAAAGAGUUUGUUAAUGGCGAUUUUCAUAGAACCAAUCCAAAUUUGUGUGAUACUACUGGUUACCCAGUUGAUGUGGUGGCAUUGGAUGUUACUGCUGUAGAACUGGAUUGGCCUUGUAAAAAUUAGUUAAAUAAAAUGUUUUUAAAAAAUAAAACUGUUAUUCUG